UUACUCUCUCAGCUGAAUGUGAAUGACAUUAGAUAAAGAUGAUUGACAAUGAUAUUUAUUCUGUACGGCAGUGGUCUACUGAACCCCAAGCCCAGAAUGACUACAGACCACAGCCAAAAGUUUCUUCUGGCAGGUCCCCUCUCUCACGCCGUGUGGCAAUAGCUUUGGGAUUUCUGAGCACUAUUCUUGUGUGUUUCCUGCUUGUUCAGUGGAUUCUCUGUCAGGGUUCCAAGUGCAACACGUGUGCCAAUUGUUAUAGUUGCCCUGACCUCUGGAUGAGGUAUGGUAACCAUUGUUAUUACUUCUCAGUGGAGAAAAAAGACUGGAAUUCUAGUCUGGAAUUCUGCUUAGCUGAAGACUCACAUCUCCUUAUGUUCACAGACAACCAAGAAAUGAGCCUGCUUAAAAAUUUCCUCAGAAAGGACUUCUACUGGAUUGGUCUCAGGAACAGUUCUGGUUGGAGGUGGGAAGAUGGAUCAGCCUUAAACCACUCAAGUAUUCUCUCAAACAGCUUGAUACAGAAGUGUGGUACCUUCAGCGAAGCUGGUCUCCGAGCCUCUAGCUGUGAAGUUCUUUUGCCGUGGGUCUGCAAGAGGGUCAGACGUUGAUGGGUUGGAUCUGUCACAAGGCUCCCUAGAAAGAGGCCUCUGAGUGAUGGCAGAGCCAUGAGUGUGUAUUUUGUGAAUGCUGAACCUUCUAGGACAUGGCAUUUGAUGUAAGAUUAGCGCAAUGUCCCUGGGAUUGAUGGUGUAUUGCUGGACUCCCUUUGAGUGUUUGGAUAUUAUGUUAACAGUUUAAAGAUCAGAUCUAGGGACAUUUGUGAAAUAAAUUUUUUUUUUUAGUAUUUUUCACUAUAGUGACUGAUGCUGCCUCCUUCCCCCCAUUCCCACCAUCUCUGUCAAAAAUGUACCUUUCCUCUAUGUUAUGAUCUGAUCUGAUAUAAUCCAUGCAGAUAUAUACUAUUGCUAAUGUGUUACAGGGCUUUGAUGUGUGCUAGUGGGUUUGCAUGUUACUUAUUCUUGAUAAUAUAUUUUUAUCCUAAUGGCGGCACUUCACAGAUAAAGCUGUAUCCUGAAGGAUAAUGCUGAUUGUGAGAAUAGAAGUUGUAGAAGGUGGAUGAGAACAGGGUGGUGCUUUCUGCUUCUUAACCCUUCACCACCUAAAGAUCUGGCCUUGGCUGAAUUUAAUUUUUCUGGGUGUGCAUAGACAUGAUGGAAUAAAUUCAUAUAUGACCAUAUCGUUUCUAUGUUGUGAACGUGUGAUUUGCUUGUUAAUUUCACA